AUGUUUGAGCAACUUCGGAGAAUUGACCAAGAGGAUGUCCUAGAAAUUAUUCCCGGCCAGCAAAGCGUUGCGCCUGAUAGGGCUCUUUCUGAAGUCCUUGGCAAAUUCCACACCAAUUUAUGGUUACCUGGAAAGCCGGCAUGGAAAGCUAUUGUCGUUGAAUAUUUGGCCGAAGGAUUGAACACUGUCCCGCGGCUGGAUCUUGCAUUCUUUGCGCACCAUGCAAUCGCUGAUGGUCUCAGUGGGAUUGCCUUCCAUACCUCACUCAUGGAAAAUCUCAAAUUUGUUCCAGACCCAAGCCUGUCGUCUAACUGGCCACUAGAGUUGGAUGAAAGUCAGAAGAUUCCACCAGCGGUCGAGGAAUGCAUGGAUAUUUCCCCAUGCAAGUGUGCAAUUUGCGAUACGCAAAAGGUGACUACUCCGGCGGUCUGGGCGGGUGGUAAUAUCUCUUCAAUCCCGGUAAUUGGCUUCCAGAGUCGCGUUCACAUAAUCACGGUUCCCCAAGAAGGAUUAUCUAGUCUUCUUCAAAGGUGCAAGCGGGCCAAGGCCACUUUGACAGGACUCUUGCAUGCAUAUAUAUGCAUCGCUCUCCGUCACGCGCUCACCAACAAUCGAAUGAUCCAGGGUUCUGAACAGGGGUUCCAAUCGGUAACACCCUUUCAGAUACGACAGCAUACAGGGGCUCUCGAAAGCGAGAUCCUCAAUCACGUCUCGUAUUUGACUACUUAUGUGCCCCAUACAGAACUUGACAGGGCAGUUACUCAUGAGGGACUUUCCGAAUCGGAUGCAAAGGGGAUUUCGGAACUCGCAAGGUUCUUCAGCCAUGACCUAGUAAACAAGGUCAAAGCGUUCCCACACGGGAGCAACAUGGCAGGGCAACUCAGUCAAAUUGAGGAUCCUCUGCAACAGUGCCAAAGUCAAAGCGGGCAAAAGAGACAAUACACCUAUGAGCUUUCGAAUCUGGGAUCAACUUCCAGUAUAAUGCCUCCAGAGGGUAGUGGUAUCAGGCUUGAAAGGUUGGCUUUUACGCAGUGUGGUUUUGUGGCUGGUCCUGCUCUGGGUUUCAAUUGUGUGAGUGUUAAGGGGGGCCCUUUAACAUUGAGUAUUACUUGGCAGACUGGUAUUGUUUUGGAAUCAGUUGUUGAACGGGUUGCUAAGGAACUAGAGGUUCGGCUUGGAUGUCCUUAA